UGAACUUGUAUGCUGAUAUGAAUUUAUGCUUAAAGUAAUUGAUUGCAUCCCUGCAUAGGUGUUCUCUAGAACUAUUAGGGCAGGGCUGAAGCAACUUAAAAUAUCUGCACCGAGCUUGAAUAUGUCAACCGAGUUGUCAUUGCCAUGAGGAGGGCUUGAUCUAAGAUGAAAAGCUGCAAAAAAUAAAUGAAUAAGACUCAAUUCGUAUAUAGCCUCAAAUCUAGCAGACUCUUAUGAAUUUUGUUGAUUGUUAGCACAUAAGAAAAAAAGAAUCAGUUAAGCCUCGCUCAUGGUGGACUUGAUUAAUGUUCCUUUAGUAGUAAUUAUUCUACUAUCAGAAUGAUGGAUGGCAUCUAGUUGCUUGUUGCAAGGAAUUUUUACUUGUCGACUUGUAAGUUGUGAGCUGAAUUAAUUUCUAUGCAUUUAUUUGGCAGUAUGCACGCCACAACUUGAAGAUGAUUUGAUGAACUUAUUGAAAGCCUUUAGGCUUGGUUUAAUAUUUUGUACAUUUUUUCCGCAUGGGCCAACCCCUCUUCAAAGAAAUGGUUUGACAUGUCAUUAUCAAAAUUGGAUGGUUAACUUACAAAUCUAGUUGUAGAAGAAAAAAAUUUGAUCUUUCAGCACAGGUUUGAGGUUCUACAAUCUUCUGAUGGUACCACGUCUGAUCACAGGAAGAAUACUUCAUAAUGUGAAUUACGAAGUUUGGUAAUUAUGGCUAUUGUAUUUUUGAAACGACAUUGAUUCUUGGUGAUGAUUGGAAUGAAACUUGCAAAGAAAUUAUGAGCUUAUGGAAGAUGAAAUCUUAAAUUUGAUGGCAUGAGCUUAUGGAAAAUAUUUUUACUCAAUGAGUCAUUGCCAGAGGUGGGGUUUGCCAUUUGGACAUAGGUUAAGGUGCUGGCAUGUGAAUCUGGUUUUGGUUGAGGGUGAUAAAGUUGUUUUAAGUGGUCAUCUACUUACAUGCAAUUGAUUCUAGUACGGGAUCUCAAAAUUGUAAGUCAGUUCUCUCUAUGAACUGUUUAUGAUUUUAAUUAGUUUCAGUAUGCUGUCUGUUAAAAGGCUUGAUAAGUUUUCAUGGUCUUGGGCAAUGAUUUUCCUGUCUUAUUAACAUUAAUUGAUUAGGCAUGAGAUUUAAUUGAUAGUUUAAGAAAAAGAAUGCUGAUACUGUGGUAUUGCAUCUGGUUAUGUUUUUUAUACUACUGACAGCUACAAUCUGACUGUUAGCACGUUUAUAGUGGUGCCUUCUUUUGAAGUUGAACUAGUUUGUAUUAACCUGAACUUAGUAGAUCAUUCUGCCAAGCUUACUUCACAUCCCUGUAUGAAGAUAGAAGCCUUGAGUUUCAAAAGUGCAUAAAGAAAGAAGACAAAUAUAAGAAAUUAGUUGUUUGGGCUUCUUGACUACGUUAUUAUUUUGGGAAAGUGAGCUUCAAGGGAAGUUUACACAGAUUUCCUUUUUUAGUUUAUUUGAUUCGAAAUCAUUGGGGAAAAAAAACUAGAACAGAUUGAUAUCGACGGUUAUUUGAAAACUGUGUCCAGCUACCGUUGUCUGGAGCAAAACACAGGAAAUCUUUUCCUUCAUACCAAAUACUUGGGUUGCCAUUCUUUAAUUUAUUUUUGUUCUUUUUCCCAACUCCCAACCACCCCUCCCCCUGGUUUCUUGCUAUCCCAAGCCUGCCGACUUCUUCAUGAUGGUUGAAGAAUAAAAUCAAAUAUUUGUUUAUUCAUGUCAUGUAGCAACAAGUUGUUUUUGGCAUGAUUAGUUUGAUUUAAGGAUACAUUCAACUUUGUGUACAUCAAUUCUUCAUGCAUGUUGGUGUGAUGAUGCCCAGCGUCAAUGUGUUACCUUCUUUCCCAUGUCGUCAAAGUUGUAAUUGGUGUGCAGUUAUUUUGUCCAAUGUAUGGAAACACUUUUUAAGUUUUUAUUUAAAGUAAUGCAAUAGUUUUCCUGUGGAAGAAUUGGCAUUGAUGACUUUACAUGAUCAUUUAUUACAUGAAUUGAGCACUUCUAUUAAUUGCUUAGCACGUACUAACUAAACCUAUUUGACUUGUGAGGCUGAACUUCCAGUUUUGAUCCUGCUGAUGCCAGCUAUUGUGUUUGCUUAGUAUGUGAAGUUAGUGGAAAUACAUGAUGCUAUAGGUGCCACAUGGGCUCAAAUAUUAUCGUCUAGAGUCAUGGAAGUCCUUCCUUGUUCUGGUGUAAGCUACACUGCAGACUCUGAUUGUCCUGACCAGGGUUCUGGAACCUCCUUUAUGUUUGCUGGAGAAUCAAACCGUGUAGAACGCCCUGAAGAAGUUCAGGCGACAGAGUUUAAAGUAGAUGACCUAGAGAUUAAUUUGGAAGGGCCUCUGGAGGAGAGGGAGGAUGGAAGUAAAUGGAGUCUUGAGGGACUGCCUGCUUCAGAAGUUAAUAAUAAUGGAGAUGCAUAUUAUGCAUAUGAGAUGGAUGGCCAGAAGUUCUCUUUUGAUUCUCAUGAUUCCGAAGAUGAGAAGUCUAUUGCUCAGGACCACAUGAUGGAAACUUGUCUAGAUACAUAUGAAAGGGGACAACCGAGUGGAGAUCAAGAGCCAGGACUCUCGCCUUCGGAAUCAAAAUGGCACGAAAGAGAUGAGUCUUUAGCUGUAUGGGUGAAGUGGAGAGGGAAGUGGCAGGCAGGAAUUAGAUGUGCAAGAGCGGAUUGGCCCUUAUCAACUUUGAAAGCCAAGCCAACUCAUGAUAGGAAAAAGUAUCUUGUAAUAUUCUUUCCCCGGACAAGAAACUAUUCUUGGGCAGAUGAGCUACUUGUUCGUCCAAUGAAUGAAUUUCCAGAGCCCAUUGCAUAUAAGACACACAAGGUUGGAAUGAAAAUGGUAAAAGAUCUGACUCUUGCACGUCGUUUUGUUAUGCAAAAGCUUGCUGUCAGCAUGUUGAGUAUACUUGAUCAGCUGCACAGUGAGGCUCUCAUUGAGACUGCUCGCAAUGUGGCGGCCUGGAAGGAAUUUGCUCUGGAGGCUUCCCGCUGUAAGAAUUAUAGCGACCUCGGCAAGAUGCUUUUGAAACUUCAAAAUAUGAUACUGCAGUGCUGCAUCAACGCAGAUUGGUUGCAACACUCUCUGCCAUCUUGGAUACAACGAUGUCAGAAUGCAAAUAGCGCCGAAUGUGUUGAAAUAUUGAAGGAGGAAUUGGUCGAAUCGAUUGUUUGGGAUGAAGUGCACUCGCUUUCAAAUGCAACAGCACAGCUUGACUUGAGCACUGAGUGGAGGACCUGGAAACAUGAGGUGAUGAAAUGGUUUUCAAUGUCAAAUCCAAUUUCAAGUGGUGGUGAUCUUGAGCAACCCAGCAAUGAUAGUCCAUUGACAGUGGGGAUUCAAAUGAGCAGAAAGAGGCCUAAACUCGAAGUUCGUCGUGCUGAAAUGCAUGGUUCACAAGCACAGGUUAUUCAGAGUUCACAUCAGGACGUUGCAGUUGAAAUUGACUCUGCUUUUUUCAAUGGUGAUCUCAAUAACACUGCAUCAUUGGAUUCUGAGCCAUCUAAAGAUUCAGUAUCUGUGGAGGCGACUGCUCAACCUAUCUCCCCAGGUACUGUUGCCGAUAGAUGGGCUGAGAUUGUUGUUGAAACUGGAAAUUCUGAUGUCAUGCAGUUGAAAAAUGUGGAACUGACCACUGAAAGUGGUGCUAUUUGUGUAAGUUCUUCAGAUGCCGUUGGUAAGAGUCGCCAAUGCAUAGCUUUCAUUGAACAUAAAGGAAGGCGAUGCGUACGAUGGGCGAAUGAAGGUGAUGUUUAUUGUUGUGUGCAUUUAACCUCCCGUUUUUCCGGCAGCUUAUCAAAAAUUGAAUCAGCUACACCUGUAGAUUCACCUAUGUGUGAAGGUACUACAGUCCUUGGCACUAAAUGUAAACAUCGCUCUUUGCUUGGUUCUUCUUUUUGCAAGAAACAUAGACCAAAAGAUGACCAAGGUAUCACCUCAAGUUUGCCUGAGAAUAGGCUCAAAAGAAAGCAUGAAGAGAGUUCAAUGAGAUCAGAAACCACAGAUUGCAAAGAAAUUGUAAUAUCUGGAGGAAAUGAAGCUCCUUUGCAUGUAAAGCCUAUCCAAGUCAUCGGUGGAGAAGCCUUCGACAGAAGCUGUUCACUUGCUUUGCCUGAGCAACCACGGGAAGAUUAUAGCAUCCAGGAGAUGGCUCACUGCAUAGGUUUAUGGUCUCAGGAUGGCUUCGAACCUUGCCAAGAAAGUCCAAAACGACAUUCUUUGUACUGUGAAAAACAUAUUCCUAGCUGGUUAAAACGUGCUAGGAAUGGCAAGAGUCGGAUAAUUUCAAAGGAAGUUUUCAUGGAACUCCUGAAAGACUGCCGUUUAAUGGAGCAAAAGUUGAAUUUACACCAGGCUUGUGAACUCUUUUAUAGGUUGUUUAAAAGUAUACUGUCUCUGAGGAACCCUGUUCCUAAGGAAGUCCAAUUUCAGUGGGUCUUAUCUGAAGCUUCUAAAGAUGUUAGAGUUGGGCAGUUCUUACUGAUGUUAGUCUGCAGUGAAAAGGCAAGGUUGGAAAGCCUGUGGGGCUUCAGCGUGAAGGAAAAUUUGCAGGCUUCCACCUCUCUUGAUGAACCUGUCACAGUCCCAAUGGUAGUAGAAAAUGAUCAAAACAAUGAGAACAGUAUAAAGUGCAAACUUUGUUCUGAAAAUUUUCUUGAUGAUCAAACACUUGGUACGCACUGGAUGGACCAUCAUAAGAAAGAAGCUCAGUGGCUGUUUAGAGGUUAUGUUUGUGCAAUCUGUCUGGAUUCUUUUACCAAUAAGAAAGUCUUGGAAACACAUGUACAGGAGAGGCACCGGGUGCAAUUUGUUGAACAAUGUAUGCUUUUCCAGUGUAUUCCAUGCAGUAGCCAUUUUGGGAAUCCCGAGGAUUUGUGGUCACAUGUACUAUCAGUUCAUCCUAAUAAUUUCAAGCAAUCAAGUGUUGUUGAGCAGCCUAAUCUUUCUGUGGUUGAUGAUACCCUGCAGAAUCCUAGUCAAGAGAAGUCAGCUGCAGUAGAUGAUCGGAACCCGGAGAGUCAGUCUAGCAUCCGGAAAUACAUUUGCAGGUUCUGUGGCUUGAAGUUUGACUUGCUACCUGAUCUGGGCCGCCAUCAUCAAGCGGCUCAUAUGGGGCCAACUCCUGCUGAUCCUCGCCUCCCAAAGAGAGGCCUUCGUCUCUAUGCUCAAAAACUGAAAUCAGGAAGACUCACUCGACCUGGGUUUAGAAAAGGUAUAGGAUCAGCGUCAUAUAGGAUUAGGAACAGAAGUGCUCAAAACAUGAAGAAACACAUUCAGGCAACGAGUUUGGUCAGUGCAGCAAAGUUUAAUGUCCAAUCCGUUCAGCCUGAUGCAGCUAGUCUUGGUAGACUGGCAGAUUCUCAAUGCUCAGCUGUUGCAAAGGUAUUGUUUUCAGAGAUUAAAAGAACAAAACCACGACCAAGUAACUUAGAAAUCUUAUCAAUUGCUCGCUUGGCUUGCUGCAAGGUAAGCCUGCAAGCCUCAUUAGCGGCAAAAUAUGGAACCUUGCCGGAGCGAAUAUACCUAAAAGCAGCAAAACUCUGCAGUGAGCAAAAUAUUUUAGUCAACUGGCACCAAGAAGGGUUUAUUUGUCCCAGAGGAUGUAGGCCGAUUGAAAGUGCACAUCAAUUGUCUUCUUCAGUGCCUCUUUUGGAUGAUGUAGUUGUAUCUAGAUCAUUGGUUCCUUUGAAUCCUGUGUCCAGUGAGUGGACGAUGGAUGAGUGUCACUAUGUUAUUGACUCCAGACAUUUUAACCAAGAUUCUGCUGAGAGAAUUAUCUUAUGUGAUGAUAUAAGUUUUGGGAAGGAGUCUGUCCCAAUAGCUUGUGUGGUGGAUGAAAACCUUUUGGGUUCUCUUCAUAUCAUGCCGGAUGGCUCUGAUGGCCAAAUUACAGCACACUCUCUGCCAUGGGAGAGCUUUACUUAUGUUACAAAACCAUUGCUUGAUCAAUCCAUUGGUCUUGAAGUGGAGAGUUCACAGUUGGGGUGUGCUUGUGCUCAUUCAGUUUGCUCUCCUGUAACCUGUGAUCAUGUCUACCUUUUUGAUAAUGACUAUGAAGAUGCAAAAGACAUAUAUGGCAAACCAAUGCAUGGCCGCUUCCCAUAUGAUGAGAGAGGUCGGAUCAUUUUGGAGGAGGGUUACCUUGUUUAUGAGUGCAAUCAAAGGUGCUGCUGCAGCAAAACCUGUCAGAACCGGGUUUUGCAGAAUGGCAUUCGAGUGAAAUUGGAAAUAUUCAAAACAGAAAAGAAGGGUUGGGCAGUUAGGGCAAGGGAAGCAAUCCUGCGAGGCACCUUUGUAUGCGAGUAUAUUGGGGAGGUCAUAAAUGAGCAAGAAGCAAGUGAGAGGCGUAAUAGGUACGGAAAUGAUAGUUGCAGAUUUUUAUACGAAAUUGAUGCUCAAAUAAACGACAUAAGCAGAUUGACUGAAGGGCAGGUCUCCUUUGUGAUUGAUACAACAAAUUAUGGAAAUGUUUCACGGUAUAUUAAUCACAGCUGCUCACCAAAUCUUGUAAAUCACCAAGUGAUUGUAGAAAGCAUGGAUUGUCAGCUUGCACACAUUGGUCUCUACGCCAGUCGAGAUAUUGCCAUGGGUGAAGAAUUGACAUAUGAUUACCGCUAUAAAUUAUUACCGGGAGAAGGGUCUCCUUGCCUGUGCGGAGCUGCGAAUUGCAGGGGUCGUUUAUACUAAAUGCUUCGCCAGCUAAUUGUUCUUACGCUGCCCCUGGUGGGAAGCCUCUGACUUUUCAAAUUGAGAAGUCAAGAGAGGAAAGCUAAAGGCAAAUUUUCUGAUUUGUAUCUGCUGCUUCUGUAACUGUUGAAAUGGGCAUGAAGCAUUGAGCUCGUCGCUUAAGUCCCACCUGUAGAAUUUUUGUUUUUUUUUUUUCCUGGUAUAGCAAAUUUUAUCUACCCUGAUAAUUUAAAGCAGACAAUUUCGAGCACU